AUGGUUCGUAUUCUGGACAAUGGUGAUAUUGUACAGGACGACACUAAUGCCUCACUUAGAUCUAGGCAAUCGAAUUCCCCCAGCAGUUCCGUUCCGACAUCAAGGACCGGGCAAAAUGCCGGACAGCAUCAAGGUUCUAAUUUCUUUACGACUAUAAAUGAUCGCUUAACGGAAUAUGGUGUACCUUCUUUUGCAUUUUAUGGAACUCAAACAGCAACUGACAAUCGGGCUGCUCAAGUUAGAAAUCUUGAAAGUAACGGUCAGCAAUUUUGGCAGGCUUCAACGUCUAAAAUUUUCAGCGGUCGAGGGCAUACUUUAGGCAAAUAA